AUGCCCGUCACCAGAACCAUUCUCCUUGUCGUGGCCGCGAUGGCCAUCCUGAGCACGGCCGCCUCGGCUGCAAUGUACAAUGUCGGCGAGCCCGGCGGAGCAUGGGAUCUCGGCACCAACUACAGCACGUGGGCGUCAUCCAGGAACUUCCAACCCGACGACCAGAUCGUCUUCAAGUACUCCCCUCAGGCGCACGAUGUCCUCGAGGUCAGCAAGGCCGACUACGACUCAUGCAGCAAUGCAACCCCCAUUGCCACCCUCAACUCCGGGAAUGAUGUCAUCGCCCUUACCGUCACUGGCACCCGCUACUUCAUAUGCGGCUUCCCUGGCCAUUGUGCGGGCGGCAUGAAGGUCAAGAUCGAUGUCAUGCCAAGCUCCUCCUCUUCGUCGCCUAGCCCGGCCGGCGGCCCAAGUGCAAGCAACGCUCCCCUACCGACGCCUGUCUCCGCCGCCAUCUCUAUGGAGGCUACGGACUUUGGCCUCACUGUCUUGCUUGCUACACAUUUGUAUACAAUCAUGUAUAGUCAAGUAAUUAUACUAGCAAGUAUAUGUGUAGCCAAGUAA